CUCUCCUGUGCGAAACUGGAAUGUUUUGCAUAUUUGGCCAUGCCUUAACCGAUCAGAGCGAGAAGCUGAUGCAGUCGGCUUUCAGCUGUGGCUGGACAGAGAGCGACGUCCGCUUCAGACGCAGCCUGCUGACCUUCAUGACGGCGUUGGUUCGACCGGUCGAGAUUACAGUGGGCAAGACGACCAAGCUGUCUAAGGAGACGCUGGUCCAGGUCCUUAACGGAACGUACGGGCUGUUGAACCUGCUUUAUCAUUUCCAUAGCAGUGUAUGA